GGUGGGCACGCGUCCUGCUCGCCAUUGCAAUGACGACGCGCGCCAUGUUCCGACGUGCGCUGCUAGUGAUGUGCGCGCUGGGGACAUGCGUGAGCGCAGGGGCGGGCCAUGGGCACCAUCAUGGACAUGCCCAUACGCACAGCUCACACACAGGUGGGCCGUCGUUAGGGUCCAGUGAAAAUCCCAUAGCGAUGACCCCGUCGGGACCCAUCCGGGGGUCCAUGAUGCAGACACGACGCGGGCGGGCCUUCGAGGCCUACCGUGGCAUCCGGUACGCAGAGCCCCCUGUCGGUGAACUGCGAUUUCAGCCACCGAAAAUGAUUGAGAAAUACGAGGGAGUAGUAGACGCUACGCAGGAGGGCCCUGCGUGUCCGCUGCCUGCGCCGCCCGGGUACUACCUGGACGAGGAUUGCCUGCGCAUCAAUGUCUACACGCCUAGCCAUAAGAGCAAGGAGCCACUGCCAGUGGUGUUUUACAUUCAUGCGGGCGGUUUCUACGCGUUCUCUGGUCGCGGAGACGUGGCGGGCCCACACUACCUGCUCGACCGCGAUAUCGUCCUCGUCACCAUCAACUACCGCCUCGGCACACUAGGUUUUCUGAGUACGGGCGAUGCGCUGGCGCCAGGCAACAACGGGUUCAAGGACCAGGUGGCGGCGCUGCGCUGGGUGCGGCGCAACAUCGCCGCGUUCGGCGGAGACCCCGACCUCGUCACCAUCACCGGCUGCAGCGCGGGCUCCAUCAGCGUCAUGCUGCAUAUGAUCUCGCCCAUGUCUAAGGGUCUUUUCCACCGCGGAAUAUCAAUGAGCGGGUCGCCCACAAUCCCCGGGCCAACACCCACCGACCUUCUACCACAAGCCCGGCGGCAGGCCGAGCUAGUCGGCUGCCCCACGUCCCCAAACAGAGAAAUGGUUGACUGCCUCAAGACCAAGCCGUGGAAGGAGCUCGGAGACUCUUUGAAUGGAUUCUAUGAGUUCGGUUUCGACCCGGUGGCUAUCUGGUGGCCCGUGAUCGAACCGGAUGUGGGCCAGGAGCGAUUCCUGGCUAUCGAGCCUUCCGUUGCUAUCCGCGAGGGCAGGAUGCACGCAGUACCGCACAUCAUCAGCCAGACCACAGACGAGUUCUUCUGGAAGGCCUUCACUAUAUUAAACAAUCAGACCCUGUUGGACGGAAUGAACAAAGAAUGGGAGCAGAUAGCACCCAUCUCGCUGCAGGUCCCACGGGAGGGCGCAGCGUCUAAGGUCAACCGGCUGCGUCAGGAGUAUUUCGGAAAUAGAACGCUGAUCAACGACACCGCCACCGCCAAAGCGCUCGGCUACCUGUACGGUGACGCUAUCAUAAGCUUCCCUGUGCACAGGAUGGCCAACCUGAUGUGCCGACACUCGCCCUAUCCGGUGUACUACUACGAGUUCGCGUACGUCGGCAACCACAGCCACUACGAGGACCCCGUCACCAACAAGCCCACAGGCGCGGCGCACCACGACGACCUGAUCUACCUGUUCUCGCUACGGUACCGGUACCCGGACGUGUCCGCCGCCGGCCCGGACGCUGACGUCGUCGACAAGAUGACCGCCAUCUGGUACACGUUCGCAAAAACGGGUGACCCGAACGCGUACGUCGGACUGGACCUGCCCGAGCUGAGCGGGCUGCACUGGCCCGCCAUGACGCCCGACAAGCGCAACUACCUCAGGAUCGACAGGACGCUCUCCAUCCGCUCCAACCUCAAGGAAGACCGGCUCAAUGUCUGGGAGGAGCUUUACCCUAUUACAUAUUAAUUGUUAUUUUGUCGU